CAGCAGCAGGAGUGAGAGUGUGCAGACAAACUGUGACAGAGCACAGGCAGCAGCACCAGGACACACGUUUAUAUACAUAUGUGUGUUUAUAUAUAUAUGUAUAUAUAUAGAUAUGUGUUUAUACAGCAGUGAACAGUUGAAGAGAAACUUUUUACAAAGAGGACAGAGAGCGAGUGUGGACUGAAGGUGACUUCAGGGAGAGUUGACGCUCUGCAGGCAAAACAACUUUUACAAGGGGGAUUUAGACGAAGACGGACGGAGGCAGAGGAGACAACGAGUUGAGAAGGAAUAAGGACAUCAGCCAGAGGAAGAAGGAGAAAAAGAAAACUGCUCUCUUUCCAAAGAAACUACUCAGAGCUUCACAAUGAGGGACCAAUUGCAUCUUGGAGUGGUCGCCAGGACUUUGCUCCCCGUGGUUCUGUGCACGUUGACCCUCCUGCCUCACAGCAUUCUGGGUAAUACAAGCGAGCGGGACAACGCGGGCAGCACCGCUCUGCUCCAGAGGGUGAAACGAGGCUGGGUUUGGAACCAGUUCUUCGUCCUGGAGGAGUACACCGGACUGGAACCGCUGUAUAUCGGAAAGCUCCACUCAGACAUGGACAAAGGCGACGGCUCCAUUAAGUACAUCCUGAGUGGCGAGGGCGCCGGCACCACCUUCACCAUCGACGACAGCACAGGAGACAUUCACGCCAUCCAGCGGCUGGAUCGCGAGGUUAAAUCCCAGUACGCUCUUCGCGCUCAGGCCCGUAACCGUCUGACGGACAGACCUCUGGAGCCCGAGUCUGAAUUCAUUGUGAAGAUCCAGGACAUUAACGACAACGAGCCCAAGUUCCUUGACGGACCCUACGUGGCGAGCGUACCCGAAAUGUCCAACAUAGGAACAUCUGUGAUCCAGCUGACCGCUACAGAUGCAGACGAUCCCACGUAUGGCAACAGCGCCCGUGUGGUCUACAGCAUCCUGGAGGGUCAGCCCUACUUUUCAGUGGACGCCAAAACUGGUGUGGUCCGAGUCUCUUUGGCGGACAUGGACCGGGAGACCAGGGAGAACUACACGGUGGUGAUCCAGGCAAAGGACAUGGGCGGUCAGCUCGGAGGACUCGCUGGCACCACCACCAUCAACAUCACGCUCAGCGACGUCAACGACAACCCGCCAAUGUUCGACCAGAGGCUGUACCAGAUGAGCAUCCCUGAGUCGGCUCCAGUGGGUUCAGUGGUGGGUCGUAUCUGGGCCAAGGACAGGGAUAUCGGGGUCAGUGCUGAGAUGAAGUACAGCAUCAUUGACGGAGACGGAAGAGACACGUUUGACAUCAGCACCGAUCCCACUAACCUGUUUGGCAUCAUCACGGUGAAAAAGCCCCUGAACUUUGAGGUCAAGCCCAGCUACACUCUGAAGAUAGAGGGCGCCAACACGCACCUGGACCCGGCCUAUCGGCACCGCGGGCCCUUCAAGGACGUCACCAUCGUGCACGUGAGCGUGGAGGACGUGGACGAGCCGCCGCUCUUUGACCUGCACGCGUACUACGUCGAGCUCCCAGAGGACGCCGACAUCGGGACGCUGUUGAAGACGGUGUCAGCGAGGGAUCCUGACGCCGCCAACAACACUGUGAGAUAUUCUAUCGAGAGAUCCACCGACCCCGACAAGUAUUUCUACAUCGAGAUCACAUCCGGGUCACUGAUGACGGUGCGUUCACUGGACCGAGAGGAGGUCGGCUGGCACAACAUCACAGUCCUCGCCAUGGAGAUGAAUAACCCAACGCAGAUUGCAAGUGUGUCGGUGAACGUGAAAAUCCUGGAUGUGAACGAUAAUCCCCCGUUGCUAACGCAUUAUUUGGAGGCGUACGUUUGUGAAAACGCCAAAGCUGGGCAGCUGAUUCAGACCGUCACGGCGGUGGAUCCAGACGAGCCGCUGAGUGGACAUCACUUUUACUACAGUUUGGCUCCAGAAGCUGCGAACAAUCCCAACUUCACCCUGAGAGACAACCAAGACAACACAGCGUGGAUCCUGACCCGCCGCUCCAGCUGGUCGCAGCAAGACCAGACCGUCUUCUACUUGCCCAUCUUUGUGUCCGACAGCGAGCAGCCGGUCCAGACCAGCACCAGCACGCUGACCAUACGAGUGUGCAGCUGCGACCAGGAGGGAAACGUGAUGUCGUGCAAUGCCGAGGCGUACAGUCUGCCCACCAGCCUCAGCAGAGGAGCGCUCAUCGCCAUCCUGGCCUGCAUCUUUGUCCUGCUGGUGAUGAUUCUGCUCAUGCUCUCCCUGCGGACUCAUCGUAAGAAGCCCUACCUGUGUGACGAAGAGGAGAACGUACACGAGAACAUCGUGCGCUACGACGAUGAGGGCGGCGGCGAGGAGGACACUGAGGCCUUCGACAUCGCUGCCAUGUGGAACCCGCGCGAGGCGCACCACCACCUGGGCAAGAUGAGGCAGGACAUGCUGCCGGAGAUCGAGAGCUUGUCGCGUUACGUCCCUCAAGCCUGCGUGAUGGGCGGCGGUGGCGGGGACAGUAACGUACACGGCUACGUGCUGGCGAAGCUCCUGGAGGCCGACGUGGACACUUGUGCUCCACCGUACGACUCCCUGCAGACCUACGCCUACGAGGGCGAGGGCUCUGUCGCGGAGUCCCUCAGCUCGCUCCAGUCAGGAAACUCAAACACCGAUCACGAAUACGAUUACCUCAACGACUGGGGGCCGCGUUUCAAAAAACUUGCGGAAAUGUACGGCGUGCUCGAGACAAACAGUCCCCCGAUGUGGUAGAACUGGAGAAUCUUUGCCUUUUUAUAUAUAUAUAUAUAUAUAUAUAUAUAUAUAUCUUUGACAAAACAAAACUGAGACAAAAACAUGAACACAGAUGCGUGUGUGAGAGAGACACAACAAAGACGGGGAUGUGCUCACGUCCACAUCCGUGACUGUUAAGCACUUGAAUUCCUGCCGAAGCCUCGAUUCUCCACAGCCUUGGAGGCCUGAUGAGCGGCAGCAGCAGCAGUGGUGUGAGCUGGGUUUAAAUCUCCCCCUGAGACGGGGCUUCGGAGAUUGGCAGCCUCACAGGUCCCACAAAGGAGCGGCUUCAAAGCACACGUUAACUCCCCCACCUCACUCGGCCGCGGGCAGAGCCGCUCCGAUUCAAAGCGUGGAGAGAUUUAUGCCAAGAGAUGAAAACGAUGGAGGACGAGACUCUGAGAAACUCUGAUCCUCUGCUCCGAGUUUGACUCAAACCACGACUAUGACCGAACACAGAAAGUGUGGAGUCGCUGCAAGGAGAAAUCGUCUUAAUUUAUGUGUUUCAUGUGCUGUAUUUAUAUUUUUUCUAACUUAUUAUCGUCCUUUAAACCGACGACGUACUUUAAAGCUGCAGUGCGUAACUUUUGGUAAAACAUGUGUUGUUGUUUUCGAUAGUAUUUUGUCUCUGUUUGUUCUUUGUGAACAGAAAUGAUUUAACACGAUUUGUUUUUCUGCGUCAUCCGUCUGAAACGGGCUCUAACUGAGGGAGCGUUUGUGCGUAUACAGCAGCAGAGUGGGGGUGGGCGGAGACAAGGAGUGAUUCCUUGUCAAACUGCUUAACGACCCAGAGAAUUCCCCUUCUUAAACUUUUUGUGAGCACAUUAUCGGCGUUAUAUCCGUCAAUAUUGGCUUUAAAAUGUAGAAUUGAAUAUCGGUAAACAUACCGAGCUCCCCAAUAUGACUUUUAUGCUGGUGACUUCUACAGCUAUAUUUAUUUCUAAACAGAAAAGACAAAAUAUCUCUGUUAUCUUUGUCUCGACAUAAAACAAAUCACUUCCUGUGUGCAGUUGUGUGGACAAUGUUUACAUUUAAAAGUGACGGACUGCAGUUUUAAACUGCGGUGGAGUUUUUUUAAUGCAAGAAAGUCUUUAAAAGAUUGUGCGUUUGUUGUAACAUACGAUGUGUCACUUCCCGUGUUUUCAGUCUUUUUCAUCGUCAAAGGUUCUGAUGUUUAUCGUUCUUGUUCUCAUUCUUGUUUUCGCGUAAUUUUUGAGCUCUUUGUAUUGUUGUUACCUCUUUUUUUUUUUCUUGUUCCAAAAACGUUUUCAAAGAUGAGACAGAAGCCUUUUUUUUUAAAAAACGAAACAAACAAACACCGGAAUUGGCUGUUUCUUCGCAAAAUUUGAAUUUUAACGAGCAAACAGUUUUUUUAUUUGCUGGAUUUUAACAGAAAUUACGACAGAAAUGGCACGCACCCUUUUUUUGUUGUUGUUGUUUUAUGUCGGAUAAUUACAGGUUCCGUUUGUUUGACGUAGAAUUUUUCUGAGACAAAAUCUCCAGACGUGUGAACGACAGAAACGCCGAUAAUCUGUGUUAAGAAAUUUAAGUAAUUUCUUGAAAAUAUAUGCUACUUUAAUCAAUGAUAUCUUAAGAAUAUGUUCAGUGCUUUAUCUCACUGACAAACAGCAUUUUUCAACUGGAAAUUGAAGUUUGUAAGCUGUUCACUCUCCCACACCAAACCCCACAGAGAAAAUCAGUGAUUUUAGCUCACAGAGACACAGGAGCUGCUGGUCUACUGCUGCCUCGUGUGGUCAUUUUGUGUCACUGAUGUAAAUCUGAACAAAUUAUCUUAUACAUCAAAGUCAAAGGACAACACAUCUGAACUUAAAAAAUGGAGGCAGCAAUGGAUCAACAACUCAUGUGUGCUGUGAUGUAGAAUCACUGAUUUCCUCUAUGGGGUUUGGUACAGGGAGUGUUUACGGUUUAUAAAACAAAGAAAACCUCAGUUUCCAGUUGGAAAAGGAUAUCAUAGCAUCAUUUUUAGACUGAGAUGGACACCUGUUAAGUGCCAAAUGUAAAAAAAAGAAGAGAAAAAAUGUGCAAAGUACAAACACCAAAAGACAGAAACAGAACUUUGGGGAAGUGAAGGUACAUUUUGAUAAAAACAUUUGAUUUUACUUGAAAUCUGUGUGGUCAGUCAUGCCGCAGUAUGCGGUAUGUGAAUGUAGAUACUUUUUUGUAUUCUUGGAUAAUAAAAAACAUUCAAAACAAA